UUAUCGUUAUCGCUCCCGUUGUGUCACUUGGAAGUGAAAAAUAAUUUGCCAAGCGACGAAGUCCCAUUUUCUUUGGAAAACUAAUCAUAGAUUUUGUUGUAGCAAACUUGCAAAGUGGAGCAGGUAUAACCAAAAAGAUUGUGAAAUUGUUUUGUAGCCGUGAACGAGUUAUUUGCGAAUCGCCAAAGGGCAAAAUCGAGUGUGUUGCCUGCAGAGUAGAAAAACCGAUUUUCAGUGCGUGUGUGUAGCAGAGACGGCAGAAAAAAUGGCAGCAAGCGACAAAUCCGUCGACGAUUCUCUAUAUCCCAUUGCGGUCCUUAUUGAUGAGUUGAAAAACGAGGAUGUACAGUUGCGUCUCAACUCUAUCAAAAAGCUCUCUACGAUUGCCCUAGCUUUGGGCGAAGAGCGCACUCGGUCUGAGUUGAUUCCCUUCCUCACUGAAACCAUCUACGAUGAGGACGAAGUAUUGCUGGCUUUGGCAGAUCAGCUGGGCAACUUUACAAGUCUUGUCGGUGGCCCUGAGUUCGCUAUGUACUUGAUUCCACCACUCGAGAGCUUGGCAACCGUCGAGGAGACCGUGGUGCGGGACAAGGCCGUUGAAUCCCUGCGCACUGUUGCUGCGGAGCACAGCGCCCAGGACCUGGAGAUUCAUGUAGUGCCGACGUUGCAGCGCUUGGUUUCAGGCGACUGGUUUACCUCGCGUACAUCUGCUUGUGGACUUUUCUCGGUCUGUUAUCCUAGGGUCACACAACCCGUGAAGGCCGAGCUGCGAGCAAACUUCCGCAAGCUCUGCCAGGAUGAGACUCCGAUGGUGCGCCGUGCGGCGGCCAACAAGCUGGGCGAGUUCGCAAAGGUCGUGGAGACAGAGUACCUCAAAUCUGACUUGAUUCCGAACUUUGUUCAGCUAGCUCAGGACGAUCAGGACUCUGUGCGCCUUUUGGCUGUCGAGGCAUGCGUCAGUAUUGCACAACUGCUCCCCCAGGACGAUGUUGAGCACCUGGUUCUGCCAACUCUUCGGCAAUGCGCAAGUGAUUCAUCCUGGCGAGUGCGGUACAUGGUUGCCGAGAAGUUUGUUGACCUUCAGAAGGCCGUGGGUCCUGAGAUCACUCGCGUAGAUCUGGUGCCUGCCUUCCAAUACUUGCUCAAGGACGCUGAGGCCGAGGUACGCGCCGCAGUUGCCACUAAGGUGAAGGACUUUUGUGCCAACCUGGACAAGGCCAACCAAGUCCAGAUCAUCUUGAGCUCUAUUUUGCCCUACGUACGCGAUUUGGUCUCUGAUCCCAACCCCCACGUCAAGUCUGCCUUGGCCUCAGUCAUCAUGGGACUGAGCCCGAUGUUGGGAGCCUACCAGACUGUAGAACAACUAUUGCCUCUGUUCCUCAUCCAGCUUAAGGAUGAAUGCCCGGAAGUGCGUCUCAACAUUAUUUCGAAUCUGGAUUGUGUGAACGAUGUUAUCGGCAUCCAGCAGCUGUCACAGUCGCUCCUGCCAGCAAUUGUCGAGUUGGCCGAGGACUCGAAGUGGCGCGUGCGCCUAGCCAUCAUUGAGUACAUGCCUGCCCUGGCCGGUCAGCUGGGUCAGGAGUUCUUUGACCAGAAACUCCGAGGCCUGUGCAUGGGAUGGCUUAACGAUCAUGUUUAUGCCAUCCGAGAGGCAGCUACCCUUAACAUGAAGAAACUGGUCGAACAGUUUGGAGCUCCAUGGGCCGAACAGGCCAUUAUUCCCAUGAUCCUGGUUAUGUCACGCAACAAGAACUAUUUGCACAGAAUGACCUGCUUGUUCUGCCUGAACGUCUUGGCCGAGGUGUGCGGCACAGACAUCACUACCAAGCUGCUUUUGCCGACAGUUAUCCUGCUUGCUGCCGAUCCCGUCGCAAAUGUUCGCUUCAACGUGGCCAAGACCCUGCAGAAAAUCUCUCCCUUCCUCGAGGCCAGCGUAAUCGAUUCCCAAGUAAAGCCCACACUCGACAAACUGAACGCGGACACGGAUGUGGACGUGAAGCAUUUUGCUGCACAGGCCAUUGCCGGCAUAGCAGCAGAAAUGGAAUUGAAUGUGUUUAGAACGGCGAUACCGCCGUGCAUGGGAGCCAAAAUUGAGGCGGCCAUGGACUCGAAACUGAUCGUGGAGCCACCGCCCAUGGUGCCGGCUGACGAUGACAUUUUGCAGGAGAUGAACGCCAAGGCUGCGGCGGAGGUGGCCGAGCCACCCAAAGUUGAAAUGGAAUGUUAG